CUACUAUCUUCACCACAUACAACCAGCUACGACCCAUUGAAUCUUCCCACGUGAAGCUUUUGAUCUUUGCACGUCUCAAUAUCUUGAAAGCCCUGGAAUCCUCUCUUUUGCCCAACAACAGUUGCUAUGCCAUUUUUCAAGCUUGACUUGGCUGUCUUUUCCUGGGACUUUUAGAUCCUUUGGACAACAUGAACGAAUGCAAUCGUGCCUAUUUUCCUCGGGAUUGGGCGGUGCCUUUUUACGGCGAUCUGCCAGCUCCACAAGGUUUGCCAGCCAUCAUAUCUUCAAACACAUCUUCGCAAUCUCAGCCCGACAAUACCUACACCAUGGUUCGUCACCUCUUCGAAUCUCACCGAAGUCUCCAAAAUCGAGGAGACCAAAAGGAAUGGCGGUCAAGGCCGGAUCUGGGGCUUUAUACGUGUUCGGCCAUCCAACGAACACUCGUCAAUUAGGGGAACGCGGGGCCGUGGUGAGGUAUUCCCCUUCUCUUCACAGGACCAGUACCCAAAGGACACUGAAGAGGAAGCGGCCAUCUCCUCCAGCCUCUCUUGCACGAUGGCUUGAUAUAGACAGCGAUUGGGAAAGAGAAUUAUACUGGCUAAGUGUUCGGAAGUAUCUUUCGCCCUCAUCACUACCAAAUAUCCUUUUGGAGUACCUUCAUAGGUCCAAAUAUCGUAAUACUACUCCGGGAGCGUUCGAGCAGUCCUUCCACGAUCAAGCCGUGGUCACCCUACGAAAUAGAGGCCUGACAAUGGCUGAUGUCAACAACUGGGCCUGGAUUGUUUCAGCACAAAGUGUAGAUGAGAUGGCCGAGCGAUUUCUCUCCACGGGUUCCAAUAACCCAACUUUUCUCUUGCUUGAAAUACUCCGGCGGGAUAUCCUGCAAGUCAGGACGUUGAAACUAUUACUCUGCUACACCUGGAACCAACUCGUAGGAACACCUCGAUCCAAUCUUACAACAAUCUCUGAAACGGAGCUCAAUGCCAUUGUCGUUCCUCCGUCAGAAGCGCCGCGCAGUCAUCUGAAUCCGUCUAGCCGGCCUCCCACGCUUGAAGAUUCAACCUUUAUCAUGAUAAUAAGCCGCCUUCUACGCCAGGCUCGUCGUAUCUGGGCUCCAGCUGUAGUCAAUAUUUCACAUAUGGCCGGCCUAAUCAUUCAUUUAAUUCUGCAUAGCAACAAUUGUGACCCAAGGCAAUUAGAUCCACGAAUGCACCAUCGACUCUGUCGGAUCUACAACCAUACCCUGCGCUUAUUAGCCUUGCCGGCCUCUAUAGAUCCUCUGAAGUCCAUGAGUUACAAUUGGCGAGCGCAAACUGUUCUUCUAGAGGCUGUCGGGCACCUUAACCCACCGUUGACACUGGAUCAAGAUAGCUACCGUGCUGUUGUUCAAGUGCUGGCUGCUUCUAAAAAGUCUGAGAGAGAAUCAAGGGUUGCAAACCUUAGAACUAGGAGCUGGCCUCCUUGGCGAAUUGAUCAGGACGGCAUGGAUGCGCAACGUUCACUUGAAGAUGAUCUCAGCAGAGUUGUAUCCGCAACAAUGCGAACUAAAGAGUCUGGGUACACGGAAAGUGUAAAGGAUCAAGCAUUUAGGAUCUUAGGAGGUCAGGAGCCUGAUGGAACACCAACGAUCCAGACUCGAAAGCUCAUAAAGCGGAGACCGCGGCCUGCCGAACGCAAAGCUCAUAGUGAUGUCGAGCCAGACCUAUGGGCUGCUAGAAUCGAGGCAACUCGCGAUAUUCAAGAAGCCUGGAGCGCUUUCAAAGGUUUCGAGGAGCAAGGUGGCCAACCGAGCUCACGCAUGUACCUCGCCAUGUUCGAGAAACUCGAUUUUGACAAAGCAAGGUCCGGAAAAAAGGCGCAAUAUGACGCAUCGCCGGGGGAUGGCAAGGAAGUGUUUACCCCUUUGACCGAUAAUGUCAGUACUUUCUAUCGACAACGCCUUCUACCGCCUAGUUUUGAUGAACUCUACGACAAGAUGAUUCAGUCCGGUUCUCGGCCCACUGGCAGACUUCUGACAUUCCUCCUUGGGCAUGCGCGAACUGUGGGUAAAGGUCUGCAGUAUCUACGUGAUAGUCAAGUGAAUCAGCGAGCUGUAGCAUUUCUAUCCGGGGAUAAGGAGAUAUCCCCCGCCAUCCUGGAAAAGUUGCCCGCUUCAACCUUUGCAGCAUUUAUCAUGCUUCUAUGUCGAUUUGCUCCUCGUGCUGUGUGUACAGAAACUUCACCAUCCAAAUCGGAUGAAGCAGAUGAGCACGACGAGAACGCGGAACUUGCUCAAAUUGGUUCUGAGUAUCAAAUCCUGGAACCCAAAAGACACUCGGGGGGGCCACAACUCAAUCCACUUCUUCAUACCAUGGAGCUUCUGAAGGAAAGUCGAACACAUUUUCGGCCUGCAUGGUAUGCAUUAUUCGCCGCUUUGGCUCGACGCGGUGUUAUAAUUGAUCGUGGUCUAGUUGGAGAUCCUAGAAAUGACCUUCUAUCCUGGCAAGUACUGGUCGCUGCACUUGGUGACUUCCACCGAUGUGGUCUUGAACUGGAUCCUCGAGGCUUUCAAAUCAUCUGCCAUGGUCUUGAAAAGGCUGUUCUUGCUUCAUUCGAUGUUACUUUAGCCGAGAAAGUGGCCGCAUUUGCGCAGUAUCCAGUGACCGUGGUCGUGGAUGAGUUCAUGAAGAUGUCUGAGGCUGAGGAGAUGGACCCUCCAUAUCGUAUUCCGAAACUUCUACACUCAAUCGGCGGAGAGCAUCUUCAUGCCUAUGUGCGUGUAUUGGGUCUCAUCGAGGACUAUGAGGGCAUUAUGUAUCUUCUGAAAUGGAUGCGAACGCAUCACGAGGCGUUGGAAGAGAUCGCUAUUCAGUCUCGCAAUGGACCAAAACUCAUUAGGAGGGUCUUCAUUGCGAUGAGAGUUUUCCUCAGUGGCACUGUUUAUGAGGCCGAGGCUGAGAGGCUUAUUGAGAGUGUCGAGAAAUGGGACGGCUGGCCUCAAGAAUUUGAAGCGCAAAAGUAUCUUGAACGAUGGACCGGAAAGCCUAGGAGUGAAGAUGACUCUGAAGAGACGGCUUAACAGAUAUGAUUAUAUGGUUUGGGUUCGCCAUAAUUGUUCCCGAUAUUGUAUUUAUAUAUGAAUGUAAAUGUAAAUGUAAAUAUAAAGACUCUUUGUGAUAUCCGUC